CAAGGUAUUUAUUAAUACCUUGGAGCGGGAAAGGGUGAACUUCGGGGUAAAGUAUAGUUGUGCCGCAGGGCUUCUACUUGGCACUUUUCACCGGAAGAGCGCGGUCAGGGUCGGGAUUUCGCACUGCAAGCAAGAUGCUCAAGUCCAAGACUUUCUUAAAAAAAACGCGGGCGGGCGGCGUGAUGAAGAUCGUGCGCGAGCAUUACCUGCGGGACGACAUCGGCUGCGGCGCGCCCGGGUGCGCGGCGUGCGACGGUGCGCACGAGGGGCCGGUCCUUGAGCCGCAGCCCCUGGAUCCUGCGAGCAGCCUGUGCCCGCAGCCGCAUUACUUGCUUCCCGACACCAACGUGCUGUUGCACCAGAUCGAUGUUCUUGAGGACCCUGCCAUCAGGAAUGUGAUUGUACUACAAACAGUUCUGCAAGAAGUGAGAAAUCGGAGUGCUCCGGUAUAUAAACGAAUCAGAGAUGUGACUAAUAACCAGGAGAAGCAUUUCUACACCUUCACUAAUGAGCACCAUAGAGAAACUUAUGUAGAACAAGAACAGGGAGAAAAUGCUAAUGACAGGAAUGAUCGAGCCAUUCGAGUAGCAGCAAAAUGGUACAAUGAACAUUUGAAGAAAAUGUCAGCAGAAAAUCAUCUACAAGUCAUCUUCAUAACAAAUGACAAAAAAAACAAAGAAAAAGCCAUAGAAGAAGGAAUACCAGCUUUCACUUGUGAAGAAUAUGUAAAGAGCCUGACUGCUAACCCGGAACUCGUAGAUCGUCUUGCUUGUUUGUCUGAAGAAGGGAAUGAAAUAGAAAGUGGAAGAAUAAUAUUUUCAGAGCAUCUUCCUUUAAGUAAGCUACAACAAGGCAUAAAAUCUGGUACAUACCUUCAAGGAACAUUUAGAGCAAGCAGGGAAAAUUACUUAGAAGCUACAGUAUGGGUUCAUGGAGACCCUGAAGAAGAUAAAGAGAUAAUCUUACAGGGACUUAAAAAUUUAAACCGAGCUGUUCAUGAAGAUAUUGUGGCUAUAGAACUUCUUCCCAAGAAUCAGUGGGUGGCACCAUCUUCUGUGGUUUUACAUGAUGAAGGUCAAAAUGAAGAUGAUGUGGAAAAAGAAGAGGAGAGAGAACGCAUUCUUAAGACUGCUAUAAAUGAAAAAAUGUUAAAGCCCACAGGUAGAGUUGUAGGAAUAAUAAAAAGAAAUUGGAGACCAUAUUGUGGCAUGCUUUCCAAGUCUGAUAUUAAAGAGUCAAGAAGACAUCUCUUUACCCCUGCUGAUAGGAGAAUCCCUAGAAUUCGAAUAGAAACCAGACAGGCUUCUGCAUUAGAAGGACGGAGGAUUAUUGUUGCUAUUGAUGGUUGGCCCAGAAAUUCCAGAUAUCCAAAUGGACACUUUGUAAAAAACUUAGGUGACGUUGGAGAUAAAGAGACUGAAACAGAAGUUUUGUUGCUUGAGCAUGACGUUCCCCAUCAGCCUUUUUCACAGGCUGUUCUUAGCUUUCUUCCAAAGAUGCCCUGGAGCAUUACUGAAAAGGAUAUGAAAAACCGAGAAGACCUGAGACAUCUGUGUGUUUGUAGUGUGGACCCUCCGGGAUGUACUGACAUAGAUGACGCUCUACACUGCAGAGAACUGGAAAGUGGAAAUGUGGAGGUUGGUGUUCACAUUGCAGAUGUUAGCCAUUUUAUUAGGCCAGGAAAUGCUUUGGAUCAAGAGUCAGCCAGAAGGGGAACAACUGUGUAUCUUUGUGAAAAGAGGAUUGACAUGGUUCCAGAGUUGCUUAGCUCUAAUUUAUGUUCAUUAAGAUGUAAUGUUGACAGGUUGGCAUUUUCAUGUAUUUGGGAAAUGAAUCACAAUGCUGAAAUCUUAAAAGUGAGGUUUACCAAAAGUGCCAUUAAUUCAAAGGCUUCCCUUACAUAUGCUGAAGCUCAGAUGAGAAUUGAUUCUGCAGCCAUGAAUGAUGAUAUUACCACUAGUCUCCGUGGACUAAAUAAACUAGCUAAAAUUUUGAAAGAAAGAAGAAUCGAAAAAGGGGCUUUGACUCUUUCUUCUCCAGAAGUUCGAUUCCACAUGGACAGUGAAACUCAUGAUCCUAUAGAUCUGCAGACCAAAGAACUUAGGGAAACAAAUUCUAUGGUGGAAGAAUUUAUGUUACUGGCGAAUAUCUCUGUUGCAAAAAAAAUUCAUGAAGAAUUUUCAGAACAUGCCUUGCUUCGAAAACACCCAGCUCCCCCUCCGUCAAAUUACGAAAUUCUGGUUAAGGCAGCUAAAUCCAAAAAUUUGGAAAUUAAAACUGAUACAGCCAAGUCCUUGGCUGACUCUUUGGACCGGGCAGAUUCUCGGACUUUUCCGUAUGUCAACACUCUCUUAAGGAUCUUAGCCACUCGCUGUAUGAUGCAGGCCGUGUACUUCUGCUCUGGAAUGGACAAUGAUUUUCAUCACUACGGCUUAGCAUCGCCCAUAUACACACAUUUUACUUCACCCAUCAGAAGAUAUGCAGACAUCAUCGUGCAUCGGUUGUUGGCUGUGGCUAUUGGGGCCGACUGUACGUAUCCAGAGUUGACAGACAAACACAAGCUUGCAGAUUUAUGUAAAAAUCUCAACUUCCGGCACAAAAUGGCUCAGUAUGCCCAACGUGCAUCAGUGGCUUUUCAUACCCAGUUGUUUUUCAAAAGCAAAGGAAUAGUAAGUGAAGAAGCCUAUAUUCUAUUUGUAAGAAAGAAUGCUAUUGUGGUGUUAAUUCCAAAGUAUGGUUUAGAAGGUACCGUCUUUUUUGAAGAAAAGGACAAACCAAAGCCAAGGCUUAUUUAUGAUGAUGAGAUACCUUCCCUUAAAAUAGAGGAUACAGUGUUUCAUAUAUUUGAUAAAGUUAAAGUGAAAAUCAUGCUAGACUCAUCCAAUCUUCAGCAUCAGAAAAUCCGAAUGUCCCUGGUAGAACCACAGAUACCAGGAAUAAGCAUUUCGGCUGAUAAUCCAAACAUGGACAUUGAUGAACCGGAGAGAAAGAAGAAGAAACGUGAGAAAUAGCUACAGUCAACAAAAAAACUUCGAAGAGUGGUUUCCUUAAAAAAAAAAAAAACGAAAAAAAAAAAACCCAAAACAAAAAACCUUGAGAGAAGCUUUUAAACCUAGGAAGUGUGUGAUAGUUUGUUACUUUUAAAUACAUUGUAACAGUUUUAAAAAUUUGCAUUUUUAUUGACCUGUUUGUUGACUGUGUCUGUCCCAUCAUGGUACUUCAUUUCUAGAUUGAACUGAACUAAUUAUGCAUAAAAAUUCAAUUGAAUAUCCAUCACUGAAAUAGUGACAAGAUAGCAACCUCAGGGAUCUGUAAAGAUCGUUUAAAUGGAGCAUUCAUCUGCUCACUAAAGAACAGUUAAUUUAAGUAAUUUGAUUAUUUAAUAUUGAUAGAAAAAAACUAUCAUUUUCCUGUGGAGGAAAAUAGAACAUUUUUAAAAGUCAGGAACAGUGUGUUUUUUCUAAAUCUUGAAAGCUGUCCAUGUUUGAUACAGUAGUUUUUAGAUUUCAAGACAAUGACAUCAAGAUUUGUCAAAGAAUAUUCAGUCCUUUGCCAUCUUUAAUUUACCUAAUUGGUAUGAAGUGUUCCCUGUUAAAAGCUUCCUGCAUUUUUUAUUAAGUGGUCCUUCAACAGCUGUGUUUGGGAACUGAAUGUUGUAGGAAGGCAAGAAGGAUAUUUGAGCUGACUAUAAAGUUUUUUUUACUACCAGAUAAUAAGUAUGAUCAUCAUCAUCCUUGACCUUUAAGCUCACAUCUCCCCCAAAAUAAGGCAUUAGGGCUCAAAGAGCAAAUAGAGAUGGCACUUUUUUAAACGUCUGCAUCAUGUUAUUUAUAAAAAGUAGGUCAUGAACGGCUUUUAAACUGUGUAUGUAUCAGGUUUUGUAGGAAAGGGGGGAUUCUGUAAGGACAUAUUAAAGGGAAUAGAUUGAAGUAAAUAUUAUGAUUUGGUAUGCCUUGUUCAUCACAAAGAUUAGUAAUCAUUGUUUUUUAAGAAUAUUUUGAGAUAGUUACAACAUUUUACUUUGCUUAUUCAUUUUCUAAAGUACUUGCAAUGUACCAGGCUCAUCACGGAGUCAAGUAAACUCUCUCUACCUUGAAGGAGCUUGCAGUCCAGUGAGAAAGGACCAGCAAAUAAAUAAACAGGUCUACUGAGUGGGAAUAAUGACCAUGUGUCCAGUCAUUUAGGCCCUCAGAGAUCAAGUGAUUGUUCCAGUUUCCUACUACUGAGGAAAACAUCCGUAUCUUGAGGCAGAACUUGUUCCAGUUGAACGAAGAUAACUUUGAGUGGUCUUGGGACCAAGUAACGGGCUACCACGCCAGAGCAAGCGUCAGCAAGCCUUUUCUGUGAAGGACCAGCCAUGUUAGACUCAGCAGUCUCGGUUACAACCGUAGUACUCAACUCUCCUUGUACAGCGUGAAAGCAGCCACAGACAGGAUGGAAGCAAGCAUGGCUCCAUUCCAACGAAAAUUCAAAUUUGAGAACUUUGAUGUGUCACAAAACCCAUUUGAUUUCUACCUCCCCACCAUUUAAAAAUCCUUUGCUGACAGCCCAGAGUUUACUGGCAACAGAAGGAAAGGGAGGUUUCUUGGUUCAACAAGGCAGUGGCUCACCUAUCUUUCCAUGUUUGUUUUCUUGUCUCUGAUUUAUGAGGAAGGUCUAAUUCAGGCAAGGUCAAGAUGACCAGAAUCCUUAUUUUUACCCAGAGCCUCAGUCCUCAGUAAUCUAAAAUGCUUCUAAUGCCAGUUUUUAUGCUAAGCAGCGUACAUGGACUAUUACAUUCAAAAAGCCCUGUUGGGUAAGACUCUCUCCACCCCCACCCAUUUACUAGAUGAGAAGAUUAAGGUUUUAUGGCCCAGAUCAAGUAGUAAGUGACAGGAUGGAUUUGAAUCCAAACUGUAAUCACUACUUUCUUGUUUUUUUGACUUGUGCUAUCAAAAAGACAUAGCCAGGGAAGCUCCUACCUUUAGGAACUAGAAUUCCUCUUAUAGCAUAGCAGUUAUUUAAGUUUAUAUUGAUCCUGAAGCCUGUGUGAUUAGGGACUCACUCAACUUCAUAAUGGAGUGUCUUUAGCAGUGGACCUAGUGACUAACAGCUUUAAUGGUUAGUGCGCUGGGGGAGAUGAUGAGUCAGGUACACAGGAAGAAAAGGUCUUUACAGACUAGCAGUAAAGUUAUAAGGUGCAAAAAAGGAAGAAAAUGACACAAUGAUAGUAUGUUAUUACUUCCUAGGGCUGCAUAUGAAUUACUCCUCCCUUUUGAAGGAGAUAAUUUUUAAAAGGUGGUUUGUAAAUAUGAAUAUGCAUUCUCUAGAGGUAAAGAAUAUUUCUAAAAAAUGUAUUUAUCACUUAUACUCCCAACAUGAACAAAAACAUUUUAAAAAAACUA